AUGGUGGAUCACUUGCUGCCUACUGAUGAAUCCUUUUCAUCUACAAGAUCUUCCCUUGGGUACUUUGGGGACAUGACAGCGGGGGUGAGGUCCUACCAAAUGCUGCCCUCUCCCCUGUCUGAAGAUGACAGCGACUCGUCCAGCUUUUGUUCUUGUUCCAGCCCUGACUCCCAGGUUCUCAGCUCCAGCUAUGGAAGCACAUCCAGUGCAGAAAGUCAGGACAGUAUCUUAGACUACUUGUUGUCCCAGGCAUCUUUGGGGAACGCCGCCACAUCAUGGUGGGACAAAAGGAGACUUCAGCCGGUAGUGAAAGAGGAGUACUUUAGGUUGCCUGAAUUCUCUGUGGAUAUGGAAGACUCAGGACCAUUUCAGCCCACGCUUGAGGAAAUCGAGGAAUUUCUGGAGGAGAACAUGGAGUUGGAGCUCAAAGAAAGGCCUAAAAGCGAGACCAAGGACUUGAGAGCUUGCAGCCAAGUUUCUGUUGCUUCGCUACAGCAAAAAGACCAUAUGUUACCCAGCGCCAGUUUAAAAGAGAGUAAAAACGAACAGUUGAGCAGCUCAGCAACGGAAGGUGGCCAAGCUUCAAAUGGAGGAAUGUCCCUGGAGAAUGGGAUACCGGUUAUGCUCCAAAUUCAGCCUGUGCAGAUCAAACAGGAAUCCAACACGAGCCCCACUUCCCAAGGACCAGCACAAGAGAACAUUAAAAUUGCACAGCUCCUAGUCAACAUCCAAGGACAGACGUUUGCCCUUGUGCCUCAGAUAGUUCAGUCGUCCAGUUUGAACUUGUCCUCUAAGUUUGUCCGCAUCGCUCCCGUCCCCAUCGCCGCCAAGCCAAUUGGGCCAGGAGGCAUGAUCCCGGGGCAGCCGGGGAUCAUCAUGGGGCAGAAAUUCCAAAAGAACCCUGCAGCAGAACUCAUUAAAAUGCACAAAUGCUCUUUCCCGGGUUGCACCAAGAUGUACACGAAAAGCAGCCACUUGAAAGCCCACCUGAGGAGGCACACGGGAGAAAAGCCUUUCGCCUGCACGUGGCCGGGUUGCGGAUGGAGGUUCUCCAGGUCAGACGAGCUGUCCCGGCACAGGCGCUCCCACUCGGGGGUGAAGCCCUAUCAGUGUCCCGUCUGCGAGAAGAAGUUCGCUCGAAGCGACCACUUGUCCAAACACGUCAAGGUGCAUCGCUUCCCACGAAGCAACCGCUCCAUCCGCUCCGUGAACUGA